GGGCGCAGGUAACCAUGGCAACCCGGGCGCGGCGGGCCCGAGGGUCGCGGCCCUCGGAGGAGGACCCAGGGGUCCGCGCGCGAGGCGGUGGAGGAGCUGGCGCGGCUGUUCCCCCGGGGGCUGUUCGAGGACGCGCUGCCGCCCAUCGCGCUGAGGAGCCAGGUGUACAGCCUGGUGCCGGACCGGACGGUGGCCGACCUGCAGCUGGUGAGGAGCGCUCGGGAGACCAUCGGCGGCCCCCGCCCCGUCCCGCCCGGUCAUUCCGACCCUCGCCAGCCCCUCAGGCAGACGUCAGCUCACACAGCCUCUCCGUGCUGUUUCGGGGUCACUAGCGAAGGCCUAAGUGGGAGAGCUGAGUCUCGUGUCAACUCCCCGAUUUCCCAGGCGAUGGACUUGGGAAAUGGGUUAGUGGAUCGAGGAGGGGAGCGCUGAGCGGCCGGCUGAGCUGGAGGCAGUAGAUCCGUGUACUCGACCGUUGGCUAUGGUGGCUGCAGAUCCUUCUGGGCCUCUGAACACCAGGCAAAGUCAUGAGGCGGAGUGAGACCCCUAGGGAGGCUAGACAGGUGCUGUAUCCCGGUAACCAAGUUCAGAAGGUGAUGAAAGCCAGGCUGCUCCUCGUCAGACAGAAACAGGAGAAGGAGCUUCAAGAGCGGGGAGAGAUCAAGAUCAUCCAGCUAGGCUUUGACUUGGAUGCUCAUGGAAUUGUCUUCACUGAAGACUACAGGACCAGAGUCCUGAAGGCCUGUGAUGGCCGACCGUGUGCUGCAGCAGUGCAGAAGUUCCUGGCCUCGGUACUCCCAGCCUGUGGGGACCUUAGUUUACAACAGGACCAGAUGACGCAGACUUAUGGCUUCAGGGACUCAGAAAUCACGCACCUGGUGAACGCUGGAGUCCUCACUGUCCGAGAUGCUGGGAGCUGGUGGCUGGCUGUGCCUGGAGCUGGGAGAUUCAUCAAGUGCUUUGUGAAAGGGCGCCAGGCUGUACUCAGCAUGGUGCGGAAGGCCAAAUACCGGGAACUUCUCCUGUCGGAGCUGCUGGGCCGCAGGCCCCCUUCGGCAGUGCGGCUCGGCCUUGCAUACCAUGUGCAUGACGUUAUUGGGGCCCAGCUAGUGGACUGUGUCCCCACCAGUUCUGGAACCCUCCUUCGCCUUCCGGAUACGUGAGGAGUCAAUUCUUGUUCUCUGUAACUCACUGAGUGACAUUCCUGGAUACGUGAGGAGUCAAUUCUUGUUCUCUGUAACUCACUGAGUGACAUUCCUGGCAGCGCUGCCCCGGGUGGCUGGUGGGUGCCAGGCUCCGCUGCAGCAGUGGUCGCAACUGACUGCGCCUGUGCACUGCAUCUCUGUUUCUAUGGUGUGGAGCCAGAGCCCUACCAAGGGGACAGGAAGGUGGAGGGAGCAGAAAACUGCCCUCCGGGUCAGCUGGAAAUGCCAAAUAAAAUACUUGUGCCUGUCUCCUUGCUGUCGGUUGUUUACUGUGGUGUGCACAGGUGUCUGUGGAUAGGGUGAAGCCACGAUUAGGGCUGAGAAUUUUGUCUAAGUUCAGAGAGAGAACAAGGAUUACUCAGGCCAUUUUCCCUGUGUGACUAGGUGUAUGCUAUUUUCUGAACGGAAGCU